CUGAUUAAGAAAUCUAAUUUGAAAUGAUUUAAAAUGAUUUGAAAUGAUUUAAAAGCAUCGGAUUUUAAUACUAUAUAGAUAUACUAUUAACAUGAAGGUUAUCAUUCCAAAUCAUCUUUCUGAAUCAGGGAAGGCUGCUCACGAGAACAUUUGAAUUAUAUAUUUUAGCUUUUUAUAAAUUUAGGCUGGUGAAGAUAAUACUGUUUUAAUGGUAUCCGAUAUGCUACAAAAUACUAACUCGUCGGAAGCAAUGUCCGUAGGACAUACAGAAGCAGAAUCAAACUUUAAUCGAUCAUUUGACACAAACCUAGACAAUAGCUAUGUCGAUUCGGAGCAUGACACCAUAGCAUUUUCAAGCUGUGAUGAGUCAAGUGAUAGUUCAAUGAGACAUUAUACUAUCGAUAGCAAUGAUGAGUCUUCAGAUGAAUCAGUUGAUUGGAAUUUUGAUUGUAGUAACCCGAAUGAAACUUUAUUAUGUGAUCAAUUUUUUAAAAAUGCCCCAGCAGAAGAAGAUGAGCAGAGUGAGGAAAGCUUUGACAACUCGACACACGAAGAAUUAAUGAUUGAAAAAUAUACAAAGGAAGUCAUGAUUCGAUCGUUACUAAUACUUGCUUUUAAACUGAAGUUAAGGGGGUAUUCUGGUUUAGAAGCCUAA